CCUCCUUCCUCCUUCCUCUUUCAAUUACCUAUUUAAGGAUUCAAUCUAAAUUAAUCAUAAAAACUCCAACCAACCUUACAACUUUCUUCACUCCUCUCCUUAUAACCUUCAUACUUUUCCUCUCUUUAGAAUUUUCUUUUUACAACCAACCUCACCAUCCAUCGUAGAAUCUCAAAUUUACAUUUCCCCCCAAUUCCAAACACAAAAGACCAAGACCAAAGACCAAGAUUUUACCCCACACGCGAUAAAAAAAAAGUUACCAAUAGGUGACUUCACCGGAGACCCGAAAAGAACAAAGAAAUCCUGGGAAUAGCUCCGUUUGUACCGAUUUGAAGCAGAGCGAAAGAUCGAUUUCUCCAACGACAAAGGAUCCUUCAACACCAUACAUAUCUAAAUAUUUCACUUUCUUCCCAAUACUCCGAAGCUGAGAGAGCAGCUUACGGUCAUCUUAAGAAUCUCUCAUUCAAUCAAUAUCCGUCAAAGCUCAGCAAUCUCAAUAUCACUUUCACCGCCGCGAUACUCAACCACCAAUACAUUUCAUACCUUUCCAGCUCCAAUCUAAACGCAGACAUGUCUUCAAACGGUAACAACGGUAGCACUACACCUCCCAACGAUCCUUCUUCGAGAACUCGUCGUGCUUCCAUCACUGCACAAACCUUCACCAACAUCUUCCGAUCAAAUAGUACAUCUGCCGGAGCUCCGGUCGGCCCUUUCCCUGGUCCCAUUAGCACAGCCGUAAAUCAAGAUCACAAGCGACGAGUGUCAAUUUCUACUCUAGGUUUAUCAGGCGCAUCCCCUUCACAGUCCGCAUUUCCUUUCGGUGGUCGGCGCGGCAGUGUAUCGACCACGGCCUCCGAAUCCAUUGAUGAAAGUGCGAUCGAUGAUGAAGAGGGACCUGCCAGAGGUACACCAACCACACCUUUCACACGCCGUAUCUCAUUUGGUGCUCAAGCACUUCGAACUGUUCGUACAGGCAAUGGUAGCCCUGGCUCAAAUGGUAGAACAUCUUCUUAUACUACUUCUACAUUAUCCCCCAUCCCAGCAGGUUCUCAAGGUGGUGGUAGAAUUACCCCACCAAGAACUCAGUCUCAACAGGCAAGCACGCAAUCAAAACCCAGAACUACUUCUGACUUUGCUUCUGCUCGUCCAGGUGAAGGCGGUUUCAACUGGUCCGAGCAGCUUAGAUCUCGUGCAGAGAGUCAGGUCUCUCAAUCCCAACGUCCUAUCAUCUCUACGUCUCCUCCGAACAAUCAACGAUUCCAUGCGCCUAUGCAUGAGCGGGCUAAGAGUAUUAGUGAUGCGCCAUCUCCUCCCACCUCCGCUAUCCCUCCAGCUGCUCCACCGAAGCCCGCUCGAAGGCAGCCAGAUGCCUUCCAAGAACGUAUAUUGAAGGGUGAUUUCUACAUGGACUGAGUAUGUGUAUCUGCAGACGAAUUUCCUUUUUGUCUUUUCUCCAGCAAGAGCAUAAGAAUGACCAGGAGCAGAUCGUUCGGAUUUUGGCGUCUAUUUGUCAGUCAUCGGGGGAACAAGAAAUUUCUUUUCCAACUCUCGAGCAAAUAAUUGCAAUUGCUUUCGCUUCAAUAAAUAUGGAUAUGGAAUGUCGGAAUUGCAGAAUUGGGUUCCAACAGACAUGAUGAGGGAGCAACACAAAUAUUUAUAGCUCUGAGUAGAGGGAGAAGUGGAAGAAUAUAGGAUUAGGUGACCGGAUAUCAGAGUGUGCGCUGGACGUGCUAUUCUCGGUGUGUGUUUUCUUGGUUGAGGUGCAAAAGCUAGCUACAAAGCUUGCUGGGUUUCAGAAUAGGUUAACGGAGCAGAGGAUACAGAGAAGAAGACUGAGCAGACCGGCGCUCUCGGAUAAAUGUGUGAGGGGGGAAGGAAGAUGGAUGAGUUAUGAUCCAGAAUGAUGAUUAAUGAAGUCUUUUAUGUUGCUGGCGCUUGUACUUCGCUGGGAUCUGGGGAGGGGAUGAUUUGGCAUGCUUGCUUACUUACAUGAAUGAAAGGAAAUGGAAAUGGGAUGGGAUACUUUUGCGUUUUGACCUUGUACGCAGCCGACCUUCUCCUUUUUUCAAAAUUGUACUUUACAUGAAAAAUUAGCUAGCUGUUCUCGGUGGACUUUCACGUCGGCAUGGGGAGAAUCA